AUGGAGACGGGCGGGCGCGGCGCGGCUGUCAGCGGCGGGCGCGCGGCCGCGGGGGGCUGCGGGAGGAAGGCGCGGGCCGCGGCCGGGACCCUCGCGGUAGAGAUGGACUUGCAUUGUGAUCGCGCCGCCGAGCCGCCGGCCUCCGAGCCGCCGUCGGGGAAGAUCAACAAGGCCGCCUUCAAACUGUUCAAGAAGAGGAAGCCGGGCGGCGCGAUGCCCAGCAUCUUCGGGGUCAAACACAAAGGGGACGGCAAGGGCGCGGGGCCGGCGGGGCUGGUGCGCAGCCGGACGCACGACGGGCUGGCCGAGGCUCUGGCGCUGGAGGGCGGCCGCCGCGAGGAGCCGCGCGCGGGCGGCGGGGACGGGGCGCGGCCGGGCCCCGCGGCCCCCCGGGCGGCCCCGGGAGGCGCGGGCCCGGCGGCCGGCGGCUCGGUGGCCAAGUCGCACAGCUUCUUCUCGCUCCUGCGGAAGAACGGGCGGCCCGAGAGCGGCGGGGCGGAGCAGGCCGACGCGGGCAAGGCCGGUGGCAGACAAAAGCGGGGGCUGCGGGGGCUCCUGGGCGGCGUGCGCUGGCGCAGGAAGGACCGGCGGCCCCAGGACGCGGCGCCGGCGGGGCGCGCGGGGGCCCCGGGCGGCCUGGCGCGGCCGGGCUCGCUCACCGCCAGCCUGGAGUGCGUCAAGGAGGAGGCGCCCGCGGCCGCGCGCCAGCCGGAGCCAGCAGGUGAGCCCGCGGCGGGGGAGCCCGAGCCGGCCUGCGCCCCGGGAGAGGGCGCCUCGGGGCCCGGGCGGCGCGCCGAGCGGCCCCGCGCGCCCCCCGAGCCCGAGCCGCGCGCCGGGGAGGGCCGGCCGGCCGAGGACGCCGCGGGGCCCGGGGCCGCGCCGGCAGAGACGGCGCCCCGGGCAGAUUCCGAAGGCGGCCACGCGCCCGCCGCCCCCGACCCUUCCUCGGUCGAUCCGCCCUCCGACCCAUCGGCAGAUCGUAUUUGUCUGAUGUUUUCUGACGUGACUUCACUGAAAAGCUUUGACUCUCUUACAGGCUGCGGAGAUAUUAUCGCAGACCCCGAGGACGAGGCCGGGCCCGGCUGUGCCAAGCACGCCCCGGGGCCGGGCCAGCCGGGCCCCGCCACAAAGCCGCCGGGCGUGGUGGCCUACCAGGGAGGCGGGGAGGAGAUGGCGAGCCCGGCCGAGGCGGACGACUCGUACCUGCAGGAGUUCUGGGACAUGCUGUCCCAGACCGAGGACCGGGGAGAGGGGCCCCAGGGAGGAGCGGCCCCGGCGGCGGCGGCGUCCGACGCGCAGGUGGCUCCCGAGACCCCCAAAGAAGCCAGGUGUGCGGAGGUGACCAAGGACGCGUCCUCGGUCAAGCGCCGGAGGCUCCACCGGGUCCCCACGGAGCUCCCCCCGAAGGAAGAACCCAAGCACCCAGACAAGGAGCCACAGGAAGGCGUCCCCAACAGCGACGAGGGCUACUGGGACUCCCCCACCCCCAGGCCGGAGGAGGACGGCGGCGCGAGGAAGACGGGCCUCCCCCGGGACAGCGACAGUGGCGACGCGCUCCACGAGCUCUGCGCCGCCGAGCCGGAUGGAAGCCCUGCGGCCCUACCCGCCGCCCCCGCCGCCAGCGAGGAGACGUCCUGCUCUUCCCGGUUAAAGCCUGUGUCUCCGGUCACCAUCACCUGCCCGCUGCGAACGCCGGGGAGCCUGCUGAAGGACUCCAAGAUCCCCGUCAGCAUCAAGCAUCUGGCGAACCUGCCAUCCAGCCACCCCGUGGUGCACCAGCCACCAGCCAGGAGCGAGCUGCCCAGAACCAAAAUCCCGGUGUCCAAGGUGCUGGUCCGCCGGGUCAGCAGCCGGGGCUUGGCUGGGACCACCCUCCGGGCCGCGGCGUGCCACGAUAGUGCCAAAAAGUUGUGAGGUCUCCGAGGCCGAGGUGGAGGGGCCGCAUGUCGAGGAAUACAACUUUGUCUGGAAACUGCUCGGACAAAUGUUGCGUCCCCAGAGAAAGGCCUUGCCGCCAGUCCCCACUCGGAGCCUGGACCCAGGAGCUCUGCCCCCAGGCAGGGGAAUGCUGCACAACGGGAUUCCCCCUCCAGAUAAUUCCCUGAGGAUUCUUUUCAAGCACUUUUUUUUCCUUUUUUAAACCUUUUUAAAAAUGCCCCCCCCCUCCUUUCUUUUUCUCUUCAUUGCACCGAACUUUCGGAAGUCACCUUUACUUGCCUUUGCAGAAAAUAAGACUUAACCCAACCUAAGGAAGCAUCAUGCCAUGAUAUUUGGCUGUGUCACCGUCCAGCGGGCCUCCAGGAACCAUCUGAAGAACCAGAGAGGAGCCCUCCUCUUCCUGACACUUUACUUCCUUAUUUUCCUUUUCCUUUCCAGGGGAAAAAAGAAAAACAAAAACACCCUUUGCUGUAUCACUGUGUGGGAAACACCUGCAAAGCUGAAAGAGCCAGGUACUUACCUGAUGAGCAGAGGCAGGACUGAUGGGCAGAAAACCUGCUGUACUUUCAGUUGCUAGGUAUGCAAAUAGAUAUAUAUCUACCACUAAGAUGAUCACAGAGUUUGGGUUUGGUGGGUUUAUUUAGAUCAUUUGUUUGGGGAGAAAUAAAAACCUCAGCAGAGCAGGGCUUUUUUUUCUCUCUCUCUUUUUUUAUUUCCCCACCCAGUGCAGAGAUGAGGACCAGGGCAAGAUUUCACUAAAUGCCAACAGACACAGUGUUUUAGCAUUUAUGAACUGUAACCUUUUCAUGUGUAGAUAACGCAUCUUUUACAGAUUAUCCAGCUGUUAACCUUUUAUAAUAUGUCAGUAACCUCCAGUUUAAAAUCUGGUUUUAUAGCUAGACACCGUAACCGCUCCCAAACCAUUGAUGUUCUUUUAUGUACUGUAAACAGAAGCAGUUCUCUUUUUGUUUUAUAAGGGUUCUCUGGCUUUCAGUGUAGGGGAAAAAAAAUUUAUUGUGUUGAUGUCCCAAAGGAAUGGUUCUGCCUUGUCUUGGGUAAAAGUCUGUUUCUCACCCUGAACCCUGGUUUUCAGAGAUUUUUACCUUGGUUAUAAAAAUUUAGUAUUCAACCAUGUCUCAGUAUGAGGAGUCCAAAACGAGGAACACGUAAAGAAAAACAAUAGAAAAUGUAGUUUUUUCAUUGACUUCUCUAUGACUUAGGACUGAGCCACAUAUGUUAAGAAUAUGACACUGGGAGACUUAUGUAUCGUUAACAUUGUGUGCCAAGAUUAUUUUUGAAAAGUGAUUUACUUAUAUGUGUGUUUUCUGUUAUUUUAGAUGAAGCAUUUAUUUCAGAAAGGGUUACCAUAUGCCUCGAUAGUUUGAAUGAUAAACUGAAGCCUUUCCUAGAAUACUAUUAGGGUCUAAUGGUUAUAAAAU